UAAACGCUGUGUGUCGGUGCAACUCUGAUUGUAUUUUCGCUCGUCAGAAGCCAACUUCACUUCCUUCCUUCUUUUAGAAUUUGGUCGUCUUGUAAGCAGGGUCUAUCAAGCAUUGGAAAUGGGGGCCUAUCGUUAUAUGCAAGAACUGUAUAGGAAGAAGCAAAGUGAUGUGAUGCGUUACUUGCUGCGUAUACGCGUGUGGCAGUACCGCCAAUUGACGAAACUUCAUCGUUCGCCUAGACCCACGCGCCCAGACAAGGCACGUCGUUUGGGAUACCGGGCCAAACAAGGAUUCGUUAUUUACAGGAUUCGUGUCCGCCGUGGAGGGCGCAAGCGUCCAGUGCCAAAAGGUUGCACCUACGGCAAGCCAAAAAGCCAUGGCGUUAACCAACUAAAACCCUAUCGCGGAUUGCAGUCAAUUGCGGAGGAACGUGUCGGCCGUAGACUUGGUGGAUUGCGUGUCUUAAAUUCCUAUUGGAUUGCACAAGACGCUUCAUACAAGUACUUUGAGGUCAUUUUGAUUGACACUCAUCAUAGUGCGAUUCGCCGUGAUCCUAAAAUCAACUGGAUAUGCAAACAUGUGCACAAGCAUCGCGAGCUUCGGGGUCUUACCUCUGCCGGUAAGAGCUCCCGUGGUAUUGGCAAGGGCUAUAGAUAUUCCCAGACAAUUGGCGGAUCUAGACGUGCUGCCUGGAAGCGCAAGAACCGUGAGCAUAUGCACAGGAAACGUUAAAUUUUAAAGUUUCAUUUCCGUCGAACGCGGCUUUUGAAUAACAGUGAUGUAUUUGAAA